AUUCAUUUACUAUUAUUUAGGAAAAGAACUAGUAUUAUUUAUCACAUUGUUCAGGUGCCACCAGAAAAAUGUCACAUAAGUCAACUUUAAUUUGUUUUGUAAUUAUAACGUUGCUGAACAUACAAUGGGUCAGUGCUCCCCCUAUAUCUGACAAACUGGUUGAACCAUCCUCUUUUUGGAUGGUAAAUUUACUUAAAAAUUUGUUCGGAUAUGCCACAGUUGUCGUUCCUGCCAUGCUGUUUAUUAGAUACAUGAAAAAGAUCAAAUAUAAUGAGACAGGCAGCGGCUUAUGCUUUCCUGUGGUCAAGUCCUGUGUAUUCGGAGAUGAUAGUUCCGCCGAAAUAAUUGCAAAGCAGCAACAACAUGCAGAAAGUGACAAACUGCAGAGUAAAGGGUGUCUUAAAAUUCUUAUUUGUGCUGCUGGUUUACAGGUUUCUUAUUUAACAUGGGGUGUAAUACAAGAACGUAUUAUGACACAAGAAUAUGGAAAAACAGAUUCAAGCUCUGGUGAAAAAUUUAGCAAUUCACAAUUUUUGGUCUUCGUAAAUAGGUUACUAGCAGUUAUAGUAGCAGGGGUUUAUUCAUUUAUUGUACGCCAACCCAGACACUCAUGUCCGCUGUAUAAGUUUUCAUACGCCUCAUUCUCAAACAUUAUGAGUAGCUGGUGUCAAUACGAAGCUCUCAAAUUUGUCACUUUUCCAACCCAGGUACUUGGUAAAGCAUGCAAAGUUAUACCAGUCAUGUUAAUGGGGAAGUUGGUGUCAGGAAACGUGUACGAGUUGUAUGAAUGGAUCACAGCUACCAUGCUAUCAGUUGGUAUAAGCAUGUUUCUGUUCUUUCAAAGCGGCCAACACGACAACAACGUUCAUGUAAGCGAGGAAACCUAUUCGACGCUUGUGGGAACUUCGUCCGGUGUUGUGCUUAUGCUCGGUUAUAUGAUGUUCGAUAGUUUUACGUCAAAUUGGCAGGGCAGUCUCUUCAAAACGCAUAAAAUGUCUUCAGUCCAAAUGAUGUUUGGCGUCAACUUGUUUUCAUGCGUUUUCACCUCAUGUUCGUUGCUCGAGCAAGGAGGUUUUAUAGAAGCUGCCCAGUUCAUGAUGAGACACUGGGAUUUUGCGAUGCAUUCUGUUGUAUUAUCGAUUUGCUCUGCCGUCGGACAGCUGUUCAUUUUCUACACAAUCUCAGAGUUCGGCGCUGUAGUCUUCACAAUUAUUAUGACAGUGCGCCAAGCAAUUGCCAUUUUACUAUCAUGUGUGAUAUACGGACACCCGGUAACUGUAAUGGGCCUGCUAGGAAUUCUCGUCGUAUUUCUAGCCCUUUUCCUUCGAAUCUAUGCACGCAGCAGGAAAACGACUCUAAAACAAGCCGCGAGCGCGCCUGGCAAAAUCUGAAGCCAAUUGUUAGCUAUAACGAAUACCACAAUUUAUUUUUGGUACCAAGUAGUUACUAGUUAGUGUAUACUGUAAAAAAUGAAGCGAUUAGAAAUACCAUUGCAUGAAGCUAGCGUAUAUGUGGUACAGUGUCUUAUUAAAUUUGUACCUUCACUUUUAACGUUCACAUAUAUAUACACAUCUAUAACGGGAAAAGCUCAUUUGGCAUAUACGGCAUACUCACGUACUUACUUUCCAGACGCCUACUUUUAAAUUAAUUAUAGGUGUACGUUUUAUUUUAAAUUGCAACCGUAUAAAAUCACAAAUUGGAACAGUACAGUUAACAUUAGAAUUCUAAAUUCUUCACUCGAAAGUAGUGACUACAUAUUUCGCCGUUUCAGAUUAACCAAAUUAUUGCAGUACGUCAUGCUGUACCACUUCCUACUUACCAUUUAUUUAUUUGUGAGCACAAGCACUUCCAAAAAUAAAUGAUACAUUUUAUAUAACUAUCUUUUAAAACUUUAUUGCGAAGAAUUUUUAAAACCUGAUUUUUUAUAAUUUAUACUGCGGAUUUUCAUUAUAAACGUAUUUAUUUAUAAAAUGUAUUUCAGUGUAAGUUUUUUAGCGUGUUUAAGUCACUUUUCUGUUUAACCCUAUGUGUCUUUUAAACGAUAAAAUUUUGUACCACGAUGUUAAAAAAUUUAAAUUUAAACAACAUCUUAUUUUAUCGCUACAUGCUUAUUAGGAAAUUAAAAAAAUCUUUUAAUUAAACAUUGUAAAUUACACACAAACGCGUAUAAGUGAGUUAAAGUAAGUGUUAACACUGUAGAGUGUAUAGGCUUAAGUUAUGCUUGUAUUUAAGCAGUAAUUUUGUGUUUAUUUUAACCGAUAUAAAUCUUGUUUCUUUUAGUUACAGUCAACGCAUUGUUUUAUGAACAACGGACAUCAGAAGGUUUUAAUAUGUGUCUUAAUAUUUCGCCAUAUUUCCAAAACAGCGUAAUGUUUAUAUAUUAGGUUGGGUUAUGGUUGUCGUGUUUUCAGUCCCAUUUACAGAUUUUUCCAGCCUUUUUAUAAAAGGGUUAAUUUAUAUUAUUUGUUUAAAACAUAUUUAGGAAAUAUCGAAUGUUAUGUGCUAACGGCAUCCAUAUUCCCCACUCUAUAGUAGGGUGGGAAAGUUGGGACAUUUUUAGCACGUAAUAUCCAAAUAUUCUGAUCAUUUUUUUUAUAUUUAACAACGGUCGUUCGUGGUGAUAUAGUUUUAUAAUUCUUUGAAUGUUCUUUUUUUACUACUAAAUGGGACAGGAAAAUAGAACUAAAAAGUGUCCCAUCUUCCCCCACCCUACUGUAUAAUCGGUUUGUGCAAUUUUGGUUACAUUUGCUGUUUACCGUGGCACAUUUACGUACAGAUUAUGUGUUGUAUUUAUUUAUAUUUUAUCUUCCAAAUUAGGGUAAUAAACUUGUAUAAAUGUAAUGUA